AUGUGCGUCCAUCAUCAUCAUUCAAAUACUCUCCCAAACCAUCAACUCAACAAUUCCUAUCGAUCCUUCUUUUCAAAAAAGACAAAUAUCGACUCUGAUCGAAUAUAUAUUGUUCCUAACAAGGGCACUCAAGUCAUGUCUUGGGGACAAAAUAAUGAAGGACAAUUGGGUUUAAAUACUUUCGGAAUUGAAAAACUCUCUUCUCCAUCUUUUAUUGAUUCCUAUUGGUUCCACGAAAAGACAGUCAAGAAAAUAUCAACCGCAGCCAGUGCACAACAUGCCCUUGCUCUUACUGAAGAUGGAUUCGUAUAUGCCUGGGGAAGAGGAGCAGAAUAUCAGCUUGCACAAGACAAUAACCAUUCACAUGCAGCUCCUGUGUUGGUGGAUCCAAAAUAUUUCAAUUUAAGACCAAUUGUUGACAUACAAUGUGGAGGCUAUCAUUGUGCUGCCAUUGAUGAUGAAGGAAGAUUGUAUACAUGGGGAUUUAGUGGAAGUCCUUUUAAUCAAUCUGCUCUUGGUCAUUCUGGAUUUAAUAUCUUUGGAUAUGGAUUAUCUCCUUUUCCAAAACAAGUAGAAGCAUUGAAAGGAGAGUUUGUAAAACAAGUUGCGUGUGGUGACUAUCACAUCGGUGUGAUUUGUGGUCCAAAAGAUAGUAAUGAAACUUCUCAAGUAUAUGUUUGGGGUAAGGGAGAAUGGGGUAGAUUGGGUCUUGGAAACUCGGAUUCGAAGGCACUCCCAACACCACUUGAUAUGUAUGAAGAUGAUAUUGAAAAUGGUGGCACAAAAAAGACAGUAUUUUCAAAAAUUAGGAUGGGAAAGAAUUAUUCAGCUCUUAUUGAUUCGAAUGGUAAAUUAUACAUGUUUGGUAGACAUGAUGCCCAACAAUUGGGAAUGGAAUCAUUGAGACCAUCUCAAUUUGAUUGCGAAUCCACACCAAAACUAAUUCCACGAUUUGUAGAAAAUGAUAUUAAGGUGAGGGAUGUUGCUCUUGGAGACUCCAUUACAGCAUGUGUGACUCAAGAUGGACGUGGUUUUAUUUGGGGUAAAAAUGUGUAUCUUCCUCACGAAGUGAAUUUUGGAAAAGGUGUUCGAGUGAUAGAAUGCUCUGCAGGAAGAAAUCAUGUUGCCUUCCUACCAAUCAACAGGCGAUGCGUUUAUACAAUGGGAGGAAAUUGGUAUUAUCAAUUGGGAACAACAGGUCAACACGGCACACAAGACGUGAUUAAAUUGACACCUCAAUUAGUACCUGGAAAGAAGUUACAAGUUGCAUGUGGUAAUGCCUUUACAUUGGCUCUUAUUGAUCUUGAACGUAAGCCAGCCCCUACACAGGAAGAUGAAGAUGAUUACAUGAGUGCAGCAAUGAUCGGUCCAGAUGGUAAAUCAAUCCCCUUAUAA